AUGCAACUAGAAUGUAUAGAGUUGCUAAAUGUACUUACUGAAGAACAAACUAUAGAAGCCUAUGAAAUGAUAGAUAAAACUAUAAAAAACCUUAGUUUUGAUAACUCUCAAGACUUAGAAUAUUUUUUAGAAGUAUUAAAUUGA